AUGGACUGCUCGGCGGGGAGGCUGAGGGCGCCGGGGCGACGGGGCGCGCGCGGCCAGCUCCGCCAGAAGCUAUCGGGCGACAAGAGGGGGGGCGAGAAGCCGAGGGCCGCGCGGGCGGCGCGCGCGGAGACGGCGAGGGCUGCGCGACAGGAGGCGCUCACCAACGGGUUGCUGUCCGCGGAUGGCGAGGCCUUUCAGAAGAUUCCUUUGGCGGACUUGAAGAAGGAAAGGAUGGCGUGGAACCAGCUCUGCAAGCUGGGCUGGGACGGUCGCCAAUGCUUUCUCGCCGCGCUGAACGCGUUCUGCGCGAUCAGCGCGGACGCGACGGGGAAGGCUCCGCCCGUCGGCGUGGUCGGCAAACGCUCAGGGCUCAAGUGGCGCAGCGGCAAGUGCAUCCUGCGCAGGGCGUUGCCAGAGAUCCGCCGCUGCGAAGCUGCUUGCGCUCGGCGCGAGCAGGCGCAGCACGCCGAGGAGCUCGAUGCCUCGGGGCUCGGCGGCUGGGGCGCGGGGGGCCUGCGGCGUCGCCCCCAGCUUUUCGGCGCGGCGCACAGGCCGCCCGGGGGCAACCCGCCCCGAGCCCGCGCGAGCCAGCUUCCUUGCGCGAAGACCAAGCGGUCGGCUGUCGCUCCUGUGGAGAGCGAUCAGCGCGUCAGGAAGUGCCAGGGUCUCCAGUGCAUAGACAGGGGCGCAAAGAACACCGACUUGGUCGCCGACGGGGCGAGAUUGCAUCCAGCUGUGGCAUCGACGCUUGGCCCGAACCACUGGCACGCGGCGCGCGGGAAGGGCCGCCGGAUGAAGUUCGCGCGGCAAGGGCCCAAGCCUGCGUUGGCAACGCACGCGGGAACGAUCGAUGGCCGGUGGAAGGCGCCGAAGAAAACGCCCCUUGGGAAUCAAAUCGCGGGCGAAGGUAAUGCCCCGAACCCUGCGCCGAUGGAGUGCGCGCGGCAGUUCGUGCUGAAAUUCCACCAUCAGGCGCCUGGGGCCCAGAUCCGUGACACCGUAGGCGGGGCGGACGGCGACCUCCCCGCCAGCCUGGCCGACGAAGUCACGCCUCGCCCGCGGACGAUCGAGGCCACGGCCAUCCCGGGCGAGGCGGAGGCGGCGGCCGCCGCGGCGCGGAUCCGCGCGCUGCUGGCGGAGUGCCUGGAGGCGGCGUGGGCAAGCCUCGCGGCGGAGUUCGAGGUGCAGGAGCUCGUGUGGGACAGCGUCGGCCGCCACCGGGAGGCAGCCCCAGAGGAGAGCCUGGGCGCGCGGCCUGCUCCAGCGCGCCCUGCGGCUCGCCGAGGCCGACCCCGUGGCCGCCGCCGGGGAGCUGGAGCCGCUGGCGCACGCGGGCGAGGACGACGUCCUCAACAGGGCUACGCGGGCCGCGGUGCAGCAGCUGCGCGACGCGGAGGGCGUGGCGAAGGUGCGGAGGUCGCUAGCGGCCAGGCUGGAGGCCUGGGCGCUCGCGGCCCGCGGGCGCGGGGCGAGGGGACCUGGACGGCCUCCUCGCGUCGUGCCGCCUGGGCGACCUCGGCCUCGAGUACCGCGCGCGGCGGGUGCUCGGCCUCUCGCUCGGGGACCGACCUGUCGGCGCGCGGGAGGCACUGCUCCGAGCGCGGGCGGGGCGGCGGCGGCGCCCGAGAGGGGGCCACGCGCGGCCGCGCGGGCCAAGCGGCCGGCGCACCCGGGCGGCACGAGUCACGAGUAUUCGCCACGCGAGCUGUGCCCAUCGAGGCGAGUAUUCGCGCGAGCGCGCGGGCA